UCAAUAUAACUUUUCAAAAAUGCGUCUGUACAAAAAUAAUCAAAAUUCUAUGCGUUUGUUUUAAAAAUAUGUGGAUUGAUAAGGAGUGUGCUCGAAGGUAAGAGAAGCGAUAAGAGUUAGUGGCCUGAUUCACCUAUGCUAAUUCAAUGGUUAAAACCAGAAAUUUACCUGAACGGGCAGUCAUUCUGUUUUGCCGCGUCGGUUCGAUCGCGUUUAAGACGUUUUUUACGUCGAUUUCUGUAGUGUAAAAUAGUGUAUAGUGAAAAAAAUAAUCGUGCGGGUCGUGUACUUAAUAAAUAAGUGAGGACUAAAAGGCCUCCGUUGCUAAAGCCUUUAACAUUUGCCUUCACAAACUCGGCACGAAUUGAGGGAGGAUGCAAUUGGGGCACAAUUUACGAAACAACAUCCCGGGGGUGCAACUCGAUGGUUACAUACCAGGCCAAGAUUAUCCCACUUAUAAUGAAAUACCACGAACUUCAUUUACAUGCGAGCAAAAAAUUCCGGGAUACUACAGCGAUCCAGAAGCUCAGUGUCAAGUUUGGCAUUGGUGCGUACCAGGUGGUCCCCAGUACAGUUUUCUGUGCCCUAAUGGAACCGUUUUUAACCAAUUUGCUAGAGUUUGCGAUUGGUUCUUUAACGUAGAUUGUGCGGGUGUUCAAAAUCUGUACGGAAUUAAUGAAGACUUGUACAUAAUACCGGGGUACAAUCCUCCGCCCCAGUAACGACAACUCACGCCAGAUCACCAAGAUCGAUCUGAUCAUCUCAUAUUUAAGAGUUAUUUAUUAUUUUUAUUUAAUUUUUGUAUUGUACAUAAUAUUUUAAUUGAAAUAAACUGAAUGUCUACGUUUA